AAUCAUUCUAAUAUGAUGAAUUUGAUGCUCAAGAAACAUUUAUGUUUAUUAUCAAUGUUGAAAACAGCUGUGCUGUUUCUAAUACAUCAAAUAAGAGUUCAAACAAACAACAUUUGUGCAAAUGUCUUCCCAGACGGCAGCACAGUGUCGGCCCACAUCUGAUACCUGUGAAAUGUGGCCCAGAUGUGGCCCGGAUCUGGACCAACACUAUGUUGCCAUCUGGGUUUACAGUCACUUCGAUCCAUUGAAUGUAUAAAACUAUUUAAAACAAAUCUUACUGACAUCAACUUUUGAAUGUUAAAAUGCAAUUUCAUGUUGUCAAAUCCAGGAAAGCUAUCAUGCCACGAAACUACAUCCGAAAGACUGACUGGGGCUCGGUGACCUACGAGGAGCUGGAGAAAGCGUUCGUCGAAGUCAAGCGAGGGAAAUCCAUCAGAACAGUGGCGAAGGAAAGGAAGAUCGGCAGGUCCACCCUGCAGAGGUACAUGAAGAAGGCUGAGGAAAAGAGAGAGAAGACAGUCGGAUACAGGGGAACGGCGGAAGCCAAGAGGAUCCUGUCCGAGGAAUCGGAGGAGGAGCUGGCAGAAAACAUCAGGACGCUGGCUGAACGCACACACAGUCUUACUCCAAAGAAAUGCAGGGAAAUGGCAUUUGAAUUCGCACAGAAGAACAACAUUCCUGUGCCCAACAACUGGGGGGAGCAGAGGUUAGCAGGUCGAGAUUGGCUUAAUAGUUUCAUAACCCGCCACGAUCUCUACCGGCACAUAACUGAAGCGCCGUCUUUGGGAAGCCACGGACAGAUCAUCAGUUUCAGUCUCGUCAACCAAGACGAAAUCAAAGAGGAGAGGGGUGUUCCUGUCCCGCUUCAUGACGCUUCAGAGGAGGAGAGCGCUGAGAUCUGUGCUUCGGACCGAGACCUGUUGAACAGAGACUUAUUUCUUACAUGAUGUUAUAUAUGGGAAAUAAAUAAGUGAAAUGUAAGGGGAAAAAAAGGUUAAAAUAUUGUGUUGCUUAAUCUUGUUUCCUGUUGGUUUAAGGAUAUAUUUAAGAAUAUAAGAAUAAGUACUGCAAAAUUACUUGAUCACACAUUAUUAAAUUAUUAUUAUUAUCAUUAUUGUACUUUUGUUUAUGUUUUUGUAAAUAAUUUUUUCUUCAAAUAAUGCAACAAACAUUCAUGAAAUGUUUCAAAUCUGCAUCCAUAUACAGUAGUCACCAAAAGUGAUGUCUGGCCUAGGAAAAUCGACACCUUCACCCUUUAUUCAAAUAUUAUUUAUGCUGACGUAAUCUUUGGCCAGGUUGUCAUGCAAAGAAAUUAUGGACACAUGUAAAAACAAGAGAGAUUUAUUUAUUUAUUGAUUAUCCGAUCAUCUGAUGUUGUAGUCAAUGUACACUCUUAAAGUUAAUGUUAAUUUUUUUUUGCUAGUGAUAAUGUUUUGAGCUGUUUAAUUCAUAUAAUUUAAUAGAAAUAUAAAUAAAUUAAUUAAAACUACAUUCAUAAAAUUAGCCCAUGAUGGGAACCCUUAAAAGUUUGAAAAGCAUGAAGCACCUGAUGUAACCUUUUAAGGUUCAAUAUAGAACAUUUUGUUCUAAGAGAAUUAUUUUGCCAAAAUGUGUCAAAUUAAUACCUUAAUCAAUUCUAUAUUUUUUUCAACCCCCCCACCCUGUAUUGGUUGUCUCUGUUUCUUUAGAUCUAUUUUAUAUCUUGUGAAGAAAGAAAAAGGUGUUUCUGAAGAUAUUAAAUACAGUGCAAUCAGGAAGUA